AUGAAACCCUUUUCGGCAAUACGCGCUUUUGGGUUUUCUGUAGCUGUAGGACAGUGUCUAGCCGCCACUACGCAGGGUGUCUCUGACAACAUCUACAACCGUCUGGUUGAGAUGGCCACCAUCUCCCAAGCUGCUUAUGCAGACCUGUGCAACAUUCCGGCGACCAUGACCACGGUGAAGAAGAUAUACAAUGCCCACACGGAUAUUAACGGAUGGGUCCUCCGCGACGAUAGCCGUCAGGAAAUUGUCAUCGUCUUUCGCGGCACGGGCAGUGAUACAAACUUGCAGCUCGAUACCAACUACACCCUCGCUCCUUUUGACACUUUGCCUCAAUGCGUCGGUUGUUCUGUGCAUGGUGGAUACUAUCUUGGAUGGACCUCUGUCCAAGCGGAGGUUGAGUCACUUGCUCAACAGCAGGCAAACAAGUAUCAUGAUUAUGCACUGACGGUCACGGGCCACAGUCUGGGCGCCUCAAUAGCAGCAAUAACUGCCGCCCAGCUGUCCGCUAUAUACGACCACGUCCGAUUGUACACCUUCGGGGAGCCGCGGACCGGCAAUCAGGCUUACGGAUCGUAUAUGAAUGAGAGGUUCCAAGCGGCGAGCCCCGAGACAACCCGGUACUUUCGCGUCACCCAUGCCAACGAUGGUAUCCCAAACCUGCCCCCGGCCGAACAAGGCUACGUCCAUUCCGGGGUUGAAUACUGGAGUGUUGAGCCCCAAAGCCCUGAUAGCAUGUUUGUUUGCACGGGGAAUGAGAUCCAGUGCUGCGAGGCUCAGGGAGGACAGGGGGUGAACGAUGCUCAUGUAACUUAUUUUGGGAUGACGAGCGGAGCUUGCACCUGGUAG